AUGACCAAUUUACACAAACGCCGUAAAAUAAUAAAGGAGGCUCUUCUUGAUGGAGACGACAAUCGCAGUGAAAUCUCAGUAACAUCCAAGCGCUCUCGAGCGUCUGCAGCUGUGGAUCAGCAAUCGGUAGCAUCACAUCACACGCAUGUCUCUCGACAAAGUAAACUAUCAGGUGUCCGCCAGCAACACGCACCUCCUCCAACAAAUGUCCCUUCAAGGUCGAAACGAGAUUCCAUUGCGACUCAUAUUUCACGGCAUAGUCAAUUGCCUCAACAGGAACGUCGUUCACCUGCACUAUCGCAUGUCAGCCAUCAUUCACAUAUCCAACAACAACAACAACGCCCAGCAUCUCCUGUUCCAUCACAUAUCAGUCAACAACAACGGCAGCAAUCUCUUCCUCCUUUUAUUCCCCCCGAACAUACAUCAUCACAAGACCUAUCACGCAUGAAUAACGUAUCAUUACGGCGUGAUCGAUCAUUAUUUGAACGCAACAACAGAGAAGGAACCCCCUCAGAAUUUGGUCUCAAUGAUAAGCAAUAUGCGGAUCUUUCCAAAAUCAUCCAUGAAGCUUUCAAUACAACUAUCCACCAAAUCGAAGAGGAAGACAGCAAUAGCAAACGAGAGGAGGCAUACAAGCGUGUCGUGGCUAAUGCAAAAAGGAAAGCGAUGAGCGUUUUGAAGCGACUUCAAGUACCACCCAAGAUGGCAGAUACUGUCUUUGAUAUCAAUUUACACAAGGAGAAAGCGGAUAAACUUCGAGAAGAACUCAAAUUGGAAGUGGAUGACUACAUUGAGGUUCAACUUGCACUUGCCGCGGCAGAAUACAAACAUGAAAAGGACAAGGAAAAGUUAAAGGAAACCCAUGCCAAGCUGAGUGAGGAACAAGCUAUUUUCAAUGCAGAGCACGAUCAGCUGGGAGAACGGCAUCCAUUAGUCAACGCCCCUCCUCCAAAAGACGACUAUGCAUUCAAUCUUUUAAAGUAUCCCGCAUCAUCUUUCAAUCCAAAACGAGACGUAUAG